UUUCUGCUUCCUGAAAUUCGAUGCACACCUCCCAAAACCUCACUCAGACGUUGUACUUUGGCCAAAGAUAUCUUUUUCUACUUACUUGUAUGAAUUAAUAGUUAAAAUAUACUGAAAAAGGCAAACUUGUCAAAUUUCUUUCUUCUUUGUCUUAGUGGUUUAUUAUAACUACUCAAUAUAAAUCAUACCUAAUUGAGCGCCCUUUCAAUUGUUCAGGUAAAUGGGCCCGGUUGUCUGUCACACUACUGGUCAUUCUCAACUUUUUCUUUUCUGAAUAGUGUUCUUAUUUCAGAGAAAUCACCUUUUAUUGUAAUAAGACAGUUUGUAUUACGCGAAUUUAUCGACACUUAUCUUGAUAAAGCGAAAUUUACUAUCGUACUGCUUGGGCACAAUUUAUAAGAUUAUUGUGCUUCUGUUAUCAAUACUUAUUCCAAAUCAUCGAACUGGCUUAUGAAAAAAAUGUAUAGGUUCACAGACUACAUAUUAAAUUCAUCCCAUAAGUAUGGUAUGGUUAGAAAUCGCAGAUGCGUCUGUGUAUCAUGAAACAGUCUUUAAUGUCUUCGCCCUCGAGGGUAGUACAUAGUUGUAUUUACUGGUUGAAGCUGUUUCGAUCGUUAAUUUUUGUUGAGAAGAUCAUUACAGUCACUGGUCAGAUAGUCAACAAAAGCAACUCUGCAGAUCUUCCUCAUCCCAUUCUCCGCCAUCAGAAGCAGGGGUAAAUACCUCAUAAAUGCCCAAGGAAGUGCCAGCUGUUUUGUCUGGAGAUGGAGGUGCUGCAAGCGGUGAGGAGUCAGCAGGGGAAAUGAUAUGGCCACCACCAUCGUUUGAUAAAUCUCAAAAGUGCCCUUUAUUUCCACAUGCUAGGAAGAAACGCUAUCACUCUGCUUCAUUCAGCCAUUCUGGUACAAAUGGUCUUACAAUCGAUGGCGUUCCUUCUGACUUGCAUGCAUUAACAGCUGCACUUCACAAAGUCCAGCUCUCUGGUAAUCGUCUGCCUUACGGGAAGAAUAGCAAAAAAUCUCGCGAUGGACGCAAAUUGCCAAGUAAACGGGGUGGAAAGCAUGACGAUCCUACUGACGUUCUGGAUGAGAUUGAGCUGGACCCUGAAGAUCCAGACUUUGAUUCUGAUGAGGAUGCACCCGUAACGUUUGAUGAAUUCCAACCAACCCUGCCUGAUGACGAAUUCGAAAAGACUUUCUCAUCAUUGAUGAGCGAGUUUUUCAUACACGGCAAAACUCAGGAGGUUAUUGAUGCUCUUUCAGACGUCAAUCUUGCGGCGCAUCAUCGUCGUCAAAUUCCAUAUUUGGCUAUCACUCUUGCUAUUCAACAUCGACAAACACAAUGCGAGCUAACGUCGGAAUUGCUGUCAGAUAUGUCUGGCAAAGUCCUCAAUCACGCUCACAUUCAACAAGGAUUCCAACUUGUUUUCAAUGAAAUUGGUGAUCUCAUUAUUGAUGUUCCUAAAGCGCCUGAAUAUAUUGGGCGUUUUAUAGCAAGAGCAGUCGCUGAUGAUAUCCUUCCUCCUAAAUUUAUUGAACUUCAGAAAGCUAUUCUGUCUCAGGUUCCGUUUACUAAUAGCCCCCUUCAAACUGAAUCGAUCGAACCGGAAAAUACUGUCUCUAAAACUCCAAAUGAUUCCAGCUCACAAAAUUUAACUCGACCUGGUACUCGUUAUUUUAGUGACAGCAGUUCUGGUGGCUCAGCUUCUGUGGACACUACUGCUAGCAGUGGUAUUGGUUCUGCAUCAAGCUUGAUAACCGUCAAUAUGGCCCGUCCAGAUCUAGCUAUUCAGGCUCUGAAUAGAGCUGAAAGCAUUCUAACUCUACGACAUGCCUUUGCUAGGUUGGAUAAUAUUUGGGGUGUGCCUGCUGGUCCGAAAGCUACAAAGAUGCUGGUUAAAAAGAUCAGAAGAUUACUAAAGUCAUUCAUUAGUUCAAAUGAUAUUGACGAAGCCACUGAAGCAUUAUUAGAAUUAGAUGCUCCUCAUUUUCAUCAUGAACUGGUUUUUCAGUCGAUUAUAAUGGCUAUCGAAAUAAGUACAGAGGAUGCACGUGAACGUGUUAUUCAUUUACUGAAGGAAUUAUGUGCUUCAGUUGUUCUCACAACUGACCAAUUAACUCUGGGUGUCAGACGUGUUUAUGCUGAACUACCGGACUUACAACUAGAUGUACCUGCUGCCUACACAUUAAUGGAAAUAUUUAUGAACAGUGCUCUUAAGGCUGGUUUUAUACCGAAAAAGCUAGCUAACGAAUUUACUGCUAAACCCCGUAAGCGUUUCAUCUCAGAGACGGAUUCAGUUUACAGAACUAAUAGUUCUAAACCCUGGUGAAGGACCAAUUCAAGAGGCCAUGUGCAAAAGGGGCCCGGUGAUCACUCAUAUUGCUAAACUUUGCAAUCUAGCUUCAGUAUCUGCAGCCGAAUUUUACAUUAGUAUUAUUUCAUACAGUUUGUUCUAUCUAUUUUUCAUAAAUGUUAGUGUGUGUUAAGAUAUUUGUCAGUGUCGGUUUGUUUUUUAUAUCAGGGUUUUGUUGAAUAUGCAUUUUUGUUCACGUAAACAUUGAAAUAAUCGUUUCUGAUGUGGUGGCAUCCGGUCUUACGUAACUUUUUUCCGUAUAACAUGUCGCUUACAUUUUAUUUGCCUCAUUCUUUUGUUUCAUGCCAUUUCUCUUGGUGGUGUUUCACGUUCGAAUCAUGUCAAAUUUUUCUCUUUGUGCCUAAAUAUAAAAUAAGUG